AUGGGUGACGGAGCUCUGGGCUCGGACCACAUCAAUUACUUGAUCCUCCGCUAUCUGCAAGAAGCAGGACACGAGAAUGCCGCCAGAGCACUGCACCAGGACUGGCACCGCCCGCAAGAGUUCAGCGACCCGGAACAGCUGCCCUUUGCCCCUCUGGUUCGCCAGCACGAGUUGGUGCACAUCAUCCAGGACGCCAUCUUCCACGAUCAAUUGCUCGCCAAAGUCUCAAACAACCAGCGGCGCUUCAACCUAACCACCACACAAUUCCCCCACCGCGCCUCCGACGACAGACGUUCUGACCCCACCCAGCAGCACGACUUCCCGCUGCCUCCCGCCAAACGCUCUCGGAAAAGCAACCAUCAUGCCGAUCCGGAUUCCAUGCAGAUCGAUGUCACUACCCAAGACCAGCACCAAGACCAACAUCAAGAUCAACACCACAUCCAUGACCGACAUGACCGUCCUGACCUGGACCAGGACCAAGAUCAGGAUCAGGAUCAGGACGAAGACCGUGACCCUACGCCAGACACGGCCGAGCCAGACCAUCUGCCUACCGCCUCGUCGGCCACACAGACGGACACCAAGCUCAAGUCAAAAUCAGAGACCAUGUAUUGGGCCUUGGAUCAACCAGACGCUUCCAUCAUGCAUGCUUUGUGGAACCCACAUCUCUCGCAUUCGACUCGUCUCCUGACCGUCGGCGAGUCCUUGUGCCGCUUCUACAAUCUCCCACACCACUCCAAAAAUUCUCUCCAGCGAGCUCAUCAUACCGAUGUCGAGACCAUGCCCAAAGGCUCCGUCAUCACUGCUGCUUGUUGGCAUCCAUCCGGUCGAUAUGCCACCUGUGCUCUCGAUUCUACUCGUCGUCUACCCGGUGGUGGCCAUGAAUCUGUGAGGUCCAUGUUCGACGUCACAGUCCAGGGUACCAAACGCUUCUAUGAUCUUCAUGGCUACUUACUACAACACUCUGCUAUCAUCGUCGCUUUGCGCUACAACAACUCUGGCACACGUCUAUUGAGUGUAUCGACUAACAUGAAGCGCGGCCUGGUCGAGAUCUGGGACGCCAGUCAACCCGCUACCUCCCUCGACCCCGUUGCUGUCAAGCUCUUCAAUCAGCCUGUGAUUGAUGCUGUGUGGGCUUCUGACGACUCAAUCGUUGUGUGCGGUGAGAAUCGUUUGGAUUUCUAUCAGAUCCACGACGCCUCAAUGCCCAAUGGCACUAGUGCAAACGGUGACUCGUUUGCGUCCACCGGAACCCGCAACUUUGCUUUGCAGUAUUCUCAUCCUACCGACAAGCAAUGGGAUAAGGUGCGCUACGACUCUGUAAACGCUAUCGUUGCUGCGACUUCGUCGUCCGAUGAUCACACCAUACUGCUCGCCAAGACCUCUCCUCGAUGGGUACCCCUCCCUGGCUUCCCUACCGAAGGACCUGCCAGCAAACGUGCGACCGCCAUGGCCUUCCAGCCAGUCGAUACUGCAAAUGACGCUACGCAUACCUCGCCAAGGCGCCUCGCUGUAACGCAUGAUUCUGGGCUUGUAAGAGUGUAUAGGGUCGCUCCCAAUCUUUGUGAGACUCUGCAUGAAUUCACUAUGGGCCCUCAUGAAGCUGCGUUAGCCCUGUCGUGGUCGCCCACGGGCUCCUGUCUUGCUGUCGCGAGUGAAGAGGCUGUCAAGAUCUGGGAUCUCAACACUGGGUCUGUGCCACUACUAACAUGGAGAGCUGCCGCGACGCAUUGGUAUCAAGGUGAUGAGAACAACUUGCCUAAUGGUGACGAGACAGGCGACGAGCCAAGUCUUAACUGGGACGCCGAGGGAAAGAGGCUCGUUUUUGCAGUAGGCCGUAAAAUGGCUGCCAUACGUUUGCUACUUCCUUCAACAAACACAUCACUUGCCAAUGACGACUCUAGUGUUGUCGACUGA